AUAAUGAGCGUGAUGUACAUCAUGUUUAGGAUAGGAUAGAGUACUGCUGAUUGCUUGGAGAGCCUUUUCAAUGUACUUAUAUAAUGUUAGUCAUAUAUAUUAAACUGUUAAAAUAUGGUUUUCGUCGGGACUACUGCCACGGUUUGUUAACAUUUGAAAAGCUCAAGUUGAUAAACACAUCUGAUGAGAGAGAGAGGGAGAGAGAAAGCGAGCAGCUGUGAGUGUGUGUGAGAGUGAGGUGCCCAGACCCGAGGAGCUCGCACAGCAGCACAGAGCCCAACUAGCGCUGCGGAGACGUAGCAAACCCAGGGGAGUAUGCAGAGGACUAUCUAAGUUUGUCCUGAGGACAAACGGCCAUAACUGAUCGGAAUGGGAAACACUGACAGCCAGUACAGCAGCUUCAGCGUCCCUGGGAAACCCAGGCCCUGCUCACUGAAGUUCCACUCCGCCAAAGAGGAGGCCCUGUCCGCCCACAGCUGGUGGAGGGCCAGCGAGGGGGGGGGCCAGGGGCACGGAACCGGAGGGACAGCAGGGAGGGGCUGCCAGCAUCAGGCCAGUCAGGACCGGCCGUACUGCCCCUGGACCCGCCACGGCCACCCUGUCACCGGGGGAGCCAGAGUUCUGCACGGGUCGCCCGGGACCAAGCUGAAGCCCAGCUCUCCAAAGUGCUGCGACAGAGGGGACGGCUCCCAAGUUACCCGCGGGAAGGUCUGCGACGGCGGCUUUGCUUGCCUGGAGGGUAGCGGGGAGAGCGCCGGUGGACAGCGUGCCCACCACAGGAACCUCCUGUGUGAGUCCAUAAAGGGCGGCAGCAGCCCCAAGGUGGUGCUCAGUAAAGACGGCAGCAUGCGGGUGGAGUUCACAAACGCCAAGGGGAGGUCUCAGGAGCCGGAGGGCCUGUCUGGACACCCGGGGGCCUCCGCCGAGCCCCCCGUGACCAGGGCCCGCAAGGGCAGCUCCCUGAGCUCCGAGGGCUCGUGGUACGACUGUCCGUGGGGGGGCGCCGCAGAGCUCAGCGACAACGUGUUCGCCUGUAGUCAGGCCGGCACGGGGGACAACAGUAGCGGCUACACCACGUACUCCUCCACGCGCACCGAGGAGACGGGCUGUGGCUACGGCAGCAGUGGCUACAACACCUUCUCGUCUGCCCGCACUGAGGACAUCUCACCAGAGUUCAGUGGCGGCCACCUGUUUCAGACGGCGGAGAGCAAUGGACGGGAUACACACCUGGGGUUUAACGGCAGCGGGUAUAACACCUGCUCGUCAGGCCGCACCGAGGACAGUGGCAUCGGGGACUCCAUGAUCCUUCACCCGGACCAGAGUCACUUCCACCCGGACCAGAGUCACUUCCACCCGGACCAGAGUCACUUCCCCCUCACACCCCACCCAGUGAGCCUGUCUGACCUCUGCUGUAGCUCUAACUCCAGCGUGGCAGCAACCUUCCCCACGGGUCAGUUCCGGGACAUCCCCAAGCACCGGUCGUCGCUUGCCUCUGUGCUGACUCUGGACGCGGUAAUCCAAGAGGAGGGGUCGGGUUUGGACGACCAGCGCUACCCCUCCCCUCACAGUCACACCCUGCCCUGCAGGAGGGCGGCUACCGGGCUUGGCGCACCUGCCGUUGGUAACAGCCGGAAGGACAACCUGAAGAGCCGCAUCCGGCGCCUCGGUGAUUGGACGGGAAGCCUGAGCAGGAAGAAGCGAAGACUACAGGAGCCCUGCGGCAGUGAGGCGAGUGAGGGCUUCGGUGGUGGGUUAGAUCCUGGGACAGGCCCCUCCAGCUCUCAGUCCACUUGUUCACUGUGGAACACACUCUACAGCCACACCUACAGCCAGACCACGUCAGUCCACUCCGGGGCCUCCAGGGGCCUCCAGAGCCACAGCGACUCCCUGCGCCAGAACAUCUACGAGAACUUCAUGCAGGAGCUGGAGACUGACGGCUGCAGCGGGCCAGAGCGGCCCGAGCCCUCGGAGGAGGGGGAGGACAUGGGGGUAGAGGGAGAAGACGUGGGGGGAGAGGGGGAGCUCGGGGGUAGCCAUGGCAGUGGGUCUCAGGGCUCUCUGGAGCAGCUGGACCUCCUGUUUGAGAUGGAGCAGGGGGUGGUGCGGAGGGCCGGCUGGCUCUCCUUCAAACCCCUCCUCACGGUGCACAAGGACAGGAGGCUGGAGCUGGUGGCCCGCCGGAAGUGGAGGCAGUACUGGGUCACACUCAAAGGGUGUACCCUUCUAUUGUAUGAGACGUAUGGGAAGGGCAGCUGUCCCGAACAGGAGAUGUCCCCGCGCUACGCUCUGCUGGCUAAGGACAGCAUCGUCCAGGCCAUCCCCGAACACCCGAAGAAGGAGAACGUCUUCUGUCUGAGCAAUGCCUACGGAGACGUCUACCUGUUGCAGGCUGGCAGUCAGACGGACCUGGAGAACUGGGUGACGGCCAUACACUCCGCCAGUGCCUCUCUGCUGGCUAAGCGUCAAGGGAAGGAGGACACGGUGCGGCUGCUGAGGAGCCAGACCAGGGCCCUGCUGCAGAAGAUCGACAUGGACGGCAAGAUGAAGAAGAUGGCGGAGCUGCAGCUGUCCGUCGUCAGCGAUCAGAGGAAUAGGAAAGCCAUUGAGAGCCAGAUCCAGCAGUGGGAGCAGAACCUGGAGAAGUUCAACGUGGACCUGUUCCGGAUGCGCUGUUACCUGGCCAGUCUGCAGGGGACUGAGCUCCCUAACCCCAAGAGUCUCCUAGCCGUGGCCGGGCGUCCCUCCAAGAGCACCCUGGGGCGUCUGGGGAUCUUCUCUGUCUCCUCCUUUCAUGCCCUGAUCUGCACCCGUGACGAAGCAGCUCUGCGGAGGCAUUGUCGGUCGUUUUCUAUGGGAACACGGAGCAAAAGGGGUCUCUUCUCCUCCCUUAAAGGUCUGGACAGCCUGACCAAACGCAGCAAGGAGAAGGGACAGUCUGUGUCCCAGGUUUGUGAAGGACUAGGUCUUGGAGUGCCUGCUGGCCCCAUCCCCAACCACUGCAGCUCCGAGCGAUUGGACACUCUUGCUAAAAUGAAGUUGACAGCACCACCUGAAGGCCACCCUUGGUACAGCAGUUGGGAAAGACCCAUCUGUGUGACCAUGCCUGACAGUCAAAGCGUUGCUCUCCACAUCAAACACGACUCCCUGGUGUCAGAUGUGCUUUCAUUAGCCUGUAAGGAAAGACACCUGGAGCCAAGUCAGCACUGCUUACAUGUGAGGAGGCUGGUGGGUCAGAUCACAGAGGUCAGCGCCCCGGGACCCACACAUUUCCUACGCGACCUGGCGUUCGAUGAACUGGAGGUUUUGCCGUUGAACGCGUUCGCCAUACACUUGUCCCGCCCGAGCCCUGCAGUCGACUUCGGCUUUGCUGUGACAGGUCACGUGGAUGGAGCCGGGACCAGCCAUGUGUUUGUUAGUGAGGUCAACCCAGAGGGUCUGGCUUUCUCUGAAGGGCUGAGAGCAGGGGAUGAGAUCACGGUUCUGAAUGGAACUGGCGUGUCCUCCCUGGACCUGGGGCUGAUGCACACACUGUUCAACCACCAGACGCUUCGCCUGCUGCUCCGACGAGAGGUCGGGUCCUCUGAGGACCAUGUGUCUGCCUGGCCUGACUGUGACCCCUGGCAACCAGCCCCGCCGCCCCCCAGCCACUGUAGUGACCCCCGGUCUGCAGAUGUGCUACGGCCCCAGGAGCUUCCGGAGAGCUCCGUAGCGUCUUCCUUUGAUGAGGUGUCACCACGAGCCCUCGACGACACAGCGCAGCUCAGCCAGAACGUGGAGACGGUGUGCUCGCUGUACCAGACCUUCCCAGAGGGCUAUGGGGCGACGGGGUCACUAACGUCGGAGGGUCAGGGGAACCCAUACUCCAUGGAGCCCCGCCAGAAGCCCCCCUGCCCCAGGCAUAUGUCGAUCUCUGAAAGGCUCUGCAAGGUCAUCCAGGAGCUGGUGGACACAGAGAGGUCCUAUGUCAAGGACCUGGGCUGUCUGUUUGACAUCUACCUGAUGCCCCUACAGAGUGAGACCUUUCUCAGCCAUGAUGAGAUGGAGUCUCUGUUUGGCAGUCUACCGGAGAUGCUCGACUUCCAGAGAGUGUUUCUGCACACCCUGGAGGAGCGCAUCGCCUCCUCCCCUAACCUCAUCUCCUUGGAGACCCCCGAACAGUUCAAGCAACUUCUUUCCUCGCUGUGCGGCUCCUUCCUUUACUACGCCGACCACUUCAAGCUCUACAGUGGCUUUUGUGCCAACCACAUCAAAGUCCAGAAGGUUCUGGAGCGAGCAAAGACGGACAGGGCCUUCAAGGAGUUCCUGGAGGCGAGGAACCCCACCAAGCAGCACUCGUCUACCCUGGAAUCGUACCUCAUUAAGCCAGUACAGAGGGUGCUGAAGUACCCCCUCCUGCUCAGAGAGCUGGUCUCCCUGACUGACUCUGAGAGCGAAGAGCAUAGCCAUCUUACAGAGGCCCUCAGAGCCAUGGAGAAGGUGGCCAGUCACAUCAACGAGAUGCAGAAGAUCUACGAGGACUACGGCACAGUCUUUGACCAGUUGGUGGCUGAGCAGAGUAGCCCGGAGAAAGAGGUAACAGAGAUCUCCAUGGGGGAGUUCCUCGUCCACUCCUCUUUGAAGUGGCUCAACCCUCCCUCAACCCUGGGACGCAUGAGGAAAGAUCCUGAGCUAACACUGUUUGUUUUCAAGAGGGCAGUGAUUCUGGUGUGCCGUGACAGCGGCAAGAUGAAGAAGAGGAUGACCACAACACGUUCAGGUGACCUGGACCCCUUCAAGUUCCGUUGGCUCAUUCCAGUGUCGGCAGUGCAGGUUCGCCUGGGGAACACCACAGGAACAGAGAACCCUUGCAUCUGGGAGCUGGUCCACACAAAGUCUCAGGUGGAAGGCAGACCAGAGAGAGUGUUUCAGCUGUGCAGCAGUGAUUUGGAGAAUAAGGCCAGUGUCGUAAAAGCUCUUCGCUCUCUUCGGGACUGCACACGUAGGCCCCUCCUAUCAGAAGGGGACCCUAGAGAGCACCUGGGUUCACUACGCAGGACCCAGCAGGCAGCAGCCAACGUUGGUUCAUGUCGAAGACAACAGCGCCAUCAAGUGCCCGGGAGGACUGCAGGCCAACAGAACUGCUCCAAUGAUGCCAACUUGUGCAGCGGUGGCCUCAACCCCGCCCCUGGAGACACCUGCUCGGAGCCCCAGCUCCCCAAUCGCUCCACCACCGGCAUUCCCGGCCUGGAGGGUGCCGCGCUGGGCAAGAGAGCCAGGCUUUGCUCCCUAACCAGCGCCCUGGAGGCCCAGCUCCAGAGACUUAACUUCACAGAGGAGGCCGGGCCAAGGGGCAUAGGGACACAGCAGGAGCCACUCAGACAGGGUGUCCAGUCCCACUGGAGCCACCCUGAUGCCCAGGGGAGGGCUAAUGGUCUGCAGGGGAGCCAGAGGGCCCAGAGUCCAGGGGCGCUGGACAACGACUCCCAGUGUAUGGACCUCAACACCCUACUGGGGAGGGACUUCAGUGUGCAGAGCCUGACCUCUGUAGUCAAUGAGGACUGCUUCUACGACGCCGUUAUGGGGAUACAGAAGGCCGCCAUUCCGACACUAUAGGGCUCCUUGAGGGAGUAUCCCUUAGAUGCUGAUUGUGGUUCUGUCGUGCCUUUUCACCACUAAUGGUUGAGGUUAGGAUUGGGAGACGGGUAGCUUAUCCUAGAUCUGUAACUAGCGAAAAGCUCACCCCGGAGAGCUGAUGAGCACUACAGGAGGUACAGGUCCUAGUCCCGACACUUAUCACACUGCCUAUAUUAGAGCCUGGCAGAGGUGCUAUGGACUAGAAGAUGAAUCUCCUUAAUGUGCUUACUCUGCUGAGUUGGCUGCAACUGGAGAACUAAGCUCUGUUCACAUUUACUUGACUUGACUUAAUCCUUUCAGCUCCCACUGGAGCAAAGGUCUCAAGGUCCCAUAGUUGAAGUAAAAUGUCAAAUCACACAAAGCUUUCUAUUUAAAUUGCUUUUUUUUUUGACAAAAGCAGCUAGUUGUUAGUUCAAGACUGGAAUUGCUUGAUUAAUGAAAAAAAGUCUGAUAUUCUGUAUAUUUUACUGAAUCCUAUUUAUGUUUUGUCUAUUUUUGGUAAUACUAAGAAAAACGUAAUAGUAAUACAUUUCUAUUUAAUUGACUGUAUGAAGUUAAAACAACA